GCAGCCAAACCCAAAAUGCCAGGCCACACGCACCUCAAUUCAAUACGCAUUGAUGGGGACAUAUCUCUGGGUGGACUGUUUCCAGUGCAUGCAAGAGGAAAUGAUGGUAAAGCCUGUGGGGAGUUGAAGAAGGAAAAAGGGAUCCAUAGGCUGGAGGCCAUGUUAUUUGCCCUGGAUCGUAUCAAUAAUGACAACGAGCUGCUGCCUAAUAUCACUCUGGGGGCACGCAUCCUGGACACCUGCUCCCGGGACACUCAUGCUCUGGAACAGUCGCUGACAUUUGUUCAGGCACUGAUUGAGAAAGACUCAACUGAUGUCAAGUGUCUCAGCGGAGGGCCGCCCAUCAUCACUAAGCCCGAGAGGGUGGUGGGAGUGAUUGGUGCAUCUGCCAGCUCCGUGUCAAUCAUGGUGGCCAACAUCUUACGUCUCUUCAAGAUCCCUCAGGUGAGCUACGCCUCCACAGCUCCAGAGCUGAGUGAUAACACCCGCUAUGACUUCUUCUCCCGGGUGGUGCCUCCGGACACCUACCAGGCCCAGGCCAUGGUGGACAUCGUCAAAGCCAUGCGCUGGAACUAUGUUUCCACUGUAGCCUCAGAGGGAAACUAUGGCGAGAGUGGAGUGGAUGCAUUUAUUCAAAAGUCUCGAGAGGAUGGUGGCCUGUGCAUAUCACAGUCUGUGAAAAUACCACGUGAACCAAGAACUGGAGAGUUUGACAAGAUCAUUCGCAGGCUGAGUGAGAACCCUAAUGCCCGAGUAGUCAUUAUAUUUGCCAAUGAGGAUGACAUCAGGCGACUUCUUCAAGCAGCUAAGAAGGCCAAUCAAACUGGCCAUUUCAUCUGGGUAGGUUCAGACAGCUGGGGCUCCAAAAUUUCCCCAAUACUGAACCAAGAGGAAAUGGCAGAAGGCGCCGUCACCAUCCUCCCCAAACGACAGUCAAUCAAAGGUUUUGAUCGCUACUUCAUCAGCAGGACACUGGAGAACAACAGAAGGAAUAUCUGGUUUGCAGAGUUCUGGGAGAAUAACUUCCAAUGCAAGCUCAGUCGACACGCAGUGAAGAAAGGAUCUGGCAUCAAGAAGUGCACAAAUCACGAGCGGAUUGGUAAAGAUUCAUCCUACGAGCAGGAGGGGAAGGUCCAGUUUGUGAUUGAUGCCAUUUAUGCCAUGGCUCAUGCUCUACAUAACAUGCACAAAGAUCUCUGUCCUGGAAAAGUCGGCCUCUGCUCCAACAUGGAAACCAUCAAUGGCACACUGCUGCUUAAGUACAUUCGCAAUGUCAACUUCACAGGAAUCGCUGGCACCCCGGUGGUCUUCAACGUGAAUGGAGAUGCUCCCGGUCGCUAUGAAAUCUACCAAUACCAGAUAUCAAAUAGCACCACAGAAUAUAAGAUCAUUGGCCACUGGACAGAUCAGCUGCAUUUGGACAUCAAUGAGAUGCAGUGGCCUGGUGGAACACAAGAAGUCCCGUCCUCUAUAUGCAGCCAACCCUGCCGUCCUGGGCAGCGCAAGAAGACGGUGAAGGGAAUUCCAUGUUGUUGGCACUGCGAGAACUGUGAUGGUUAUCAGUAUCAGGCGGACACUCACACCUGCAAGAUGUGUCGCUUUGAUCUGCGGCCCAACGAGAACCACACGGGCUGUGUUCCCAUUCCCAUUGUCAAGCUGGAGUGGAGCUCCCCGUGGGCGGUCAUCCCCGUCCUUAUCGCUGUCCUGGGUAUCAUGGCUACUCUGUUUGUGGUCGUCACCUUCGUACGCUACAAUGAUACACCCAUUGUUAAGGCAUCAGGUCGAGAGCUGAGCUACGUGCUGCUGACCGGUAUCUUUCUGUGCUACGCUACCACAUUCCUCAUGAUCUCUACUCCUGAUGUGGUCAUAUGCUCACUGCGAAGGAUUUUCCUAGGCCUGGGUAUGAGCAUAAGCUAUGCAGCUCUGCUUACCAAGACCAAUCGGAUCUACAGAAUUUUUGAGCAGGGAAAGGUGUCGGUUAGUGCCCCUCGAUUAAUCUCCCCAGCCUCCCAGUUAGUAAUCACUUUCAGCCUGAUAUCAGUGCAGCUCCUCGGGGUGUGUAUCUGGUUUGGUGUCGACCCGUCGCAGGCCAUCAUCGACUACGAGGACCAGCGCACGGCCAAUCCUGUCAAGGCCCGUGGCGUUCUGAAAUGUGAUAUAUCAGAUCUGUCCCUCAUCUGUCUGCUGGGUUACAGCAUGCUGCUGAUGGUCACCUGCACAGUUUAUGCCAUCAAGACCAGAGGGGUUCCCGAAACAUUCAACGAGGCCAAACCUAUCGGCUUCACCAUGUACACCACUUGCAUUGUAUGGCUCGCAUUCAUCCCCAUCUUCUUUGGGACCUCACAAUCAGCAGAAAAGAUGUAUAUCCAGACCACAACCCUGACCAUCUCCGUAAGCCUUAGUGCAUCUGUGUCUCUGGGAAUGCUCUACAUGCCCAAGGUAUACGUGGUUCUCUUCCAUCCAGAGCAGAACGUACCCAAGCGCAAGCGCAGCCUAAAGGCUGUGGUCACUGCAGCUACCAUGUCCAACAAGUUCAACCCCAAAGGUGGCUUGAGGCCCAACGGAGAGGCAAAGUCUGAACUCUGUGAAAGUCUUGAAACACAAGUGUUGGCCUCCAAGCAGACAUACAUAAGCUACAGUAACCAUGCCAUCUAA